AUGCCCAUGGCGGCACUUCGAGUGGUGAUUCUUCUCUCCGUGUAUGUCCUGUUUGACAGUCUGCAGUUGAUCGUCCACAUGGGCUCGUUAAUAUCAGUGUUCGGAACUCUCAAGCCGGAUCUCAGCACAUACGUUGAGCAAUACUUCCUCACUCUCAACAUCUGCGGGACCGCACAUCUGUUCUACCUGAUAGGGUGCAGCAUGGCGCUCGCAAAGACCAUCCUUCAGAGCACUAAUCCUGGAGCUUAUGUACUGCUUGUAGGAGCGGGAUGCGUUACGUGGGGAGUGCUGAACCGUUGUCGAAUGCGCGGAGAUUAUGCAGUCUCCGCAUUAGCCGUGGCAUUCCUGAGCUUGCUCGUUAUUAUCUAUACACAAGUCCAGUCCAUCUACGCUUCUACUGUCCUUGUAUCCACGUAUACCUUCGUCUACAUAAUCUCCGCCGCACUCUUCACCGCCGCAUAUCGACUCUCCCCCUUCCACCCCUUGGCUAAUUUUUCGGGUCCGUGGCUUUGGUACAUCAGCAGUCUCAAGCUUUCGUGGGUCUCGCUACAAGGAAGGCGGCAUCUGAUCAUCGACGAACUACACCGUCAAUAUGGACCCUUUGUGAGGAUCGGUCCGGACACCCUCUCCGUCAAUACCCUCUCCGCGAACUACAUAUACGGUGCGCAGGCGCACAUGGAGAAGAGCGACUCGUAUUUGUUACCAGGUCGCCAACCAAAUGUAUCGCUUUUCUUCAAACAGAAGACAGAGAAGACACACAGCGACAGGAAGCGGGUGUGGUCCGCAGCAUUCACAGGGUCGGCUGUCGUCCAUUUCUUCCCUGCACUGGAGCGUCGGACGUGGCAGCUGCUUUCUUGUAUCGAGGAGAGACAAGCUGCGGGCAAAGACGGCUAUGUAGAUCUUGCAAAGUGCUUCUGCCAUUGGUCGUAUGAUUUUAUGGGCGACAUGGUAUUUGGAGGAUGCAACAAUUUGGAGCUCAUGAAAACGGGCGACCCUGACAAGCUGGUGGAGGGCGGGAAGGUUGCUACUAUUGUCGUCGAUAGACCUGUGACUCGCCUGCGCGACAUUGCUGCAUCCCUAAUGAGGACCCGAAUCAAGUCUGAUGCGGACGUCGAAUUGCGCGACCUGACUUCGUACCUGUUGGCUGGAGACCUUCAAACCGGAGAACGGAUCUCGCAUGCUGAUCUCGAGCUAGAGGCCAUUGUAGCCAUACAAGGCGGUGAGCGUACUUUGACCAAGAUGCGAGAGAUAAGUAUUCACAAGCUCUAG